AUGCCUCUCCAGCCGAGCAUCCAGCAGUCGUUACCAACUCGCUUCCAACCACCUUCAUUCUCAUCACAAGGUUUCAACCCUCAGUUGCCUCCUUACCAUCAACAACAAAGCUUUGGUCAGCUUCCUCCCAUCACAACUCAGGAUCAAAGGCUGCCUCCACCACCCGUCAACGGAUACACGGCCAAUGGCCCUGUUAACAAGCGAUUGGCGCCCUCCGGACCCCACCCUUCCGAGUCUCCAGCCAAGAAGAAGCAGUCCAAAUGGAGCCCUGAAGAGGAUGCCGCCAUCAUUGAGCUCCGUGGUAACGGCAUGAAAUGGGAAGAUAUUUCCAAGCACUUGCCUGGUCGCAGUGCUAUCAGCUGCAGGCUGCGUUUCCAGAACUACCUCGAGCGACGUUCUGAGUGGGAUGACGAGAAGAAGAACAAGCUUGCUCGUCUUUACGAAAGGUUCAAGAAGGAUAUGUGGGAGAAGAUAGCCAAAGAAAUGGCCUUGCCAUGGCGAGCUGCCGAGGCAAUGCACUGGCAAAUCGGUGAAGUCGAAAUGGCCAGUCGCGCCAAUGUUCCUGUCUUCCAUCUCGCUGGCUCAGCCUCGCAAUCUCAGACAAAUGCCUCUAGAGCACAACAUUACUACUCGGCGUCAAGUUCAACAUCGGCAUCUGCUGGUCCUGGUGAACCCCGCAGUAACAGUACCUCGCCCACCUCGGCACACAGCCACUACCAGCUUCCUUACACUUUCGCCCAACAAACUCACAACCACACCCUGCCACAGAUGGUCCAACCACAACCUCUUUCUCCUGGAAGUGUAAGGUCUCGUAGGAACAGUGCAGCCUCGCUCAAUGGUGCAGAUAUCAGAAACCGUGCCGACAGUGCACGCGAUUCUGUUAUUCCGCAGCCACGAUCAACUCUUGAACCCAACCGACAGCAAAUUCACAAGCGCUACGUUUCUCCUUUUGCCGACAAAGCCUCGGACAGCGAAACGAACUGA